AUGUCUAAGCUCGUCGUAAUCACAGGAAUCACUGGUGUUCAGGGAAGCUCAGUUGCCGACACCUUUCUCCAAUCCCCAGGCUACACCCUCCGCGGCGUCACUCGCAACCCCGAAUCCGACGCCGCCAAAGCAUGGGCAGCCAAGGGAGUCGAAAUCGUCAAGGGCGACCUCGACGACGUCAAGUCCCUCGAGCGAGCAUUCCAGGGAGCCAGCGUCAUCUUUGGUGUGACUGAUUUCUGGACCAUCUGGAAGGAUCCUCGCAACUCGGAGCUGAAAGCGCCGGAUCAGGAACUUGUUGCCUACUGCUACGAAGUUGAGCUGCGGCAUGGCAAGAACAUCGCUGACGCUGCGGCUUCGACGGCGGCGACGCUGGAGAGAUACAUCUUUAGCUCCAUGGCUGAUGCGACGAAAUCUAGUGGUGGCAAGUACACCAAGCUGUACCAUAUGGACUCCAAAGCCCAUGCUGCGACCUAUGCACAGAGCCUUCCAGCCUUGAAAGGCAAAUUCUCACAAGUUCAAGCUCCAGUCUACUUCCAAGUAGGAACGGAGUGGGGCCUACCAAUUACUCCACAGAAGCAAGCCGAUGGUACUUAUCGUAUGAAGGGUGUUGGUCCUGGACACAAGCCGAUUCCCUUUGGAAACGUACGGACCGAUCUCGGCCCUUGCGUCAAAGUUCUAGCUGAGCAAGCACCCCCCAACACGAACCUCUUUGCCGUAGGCGAUUACCUUUCCUGGACAGAUUAUCUCCGCAUUUUCUGCGAGACACAGGGGGUCAAAUAUGGAGGCUAUGACGGGAUGUCUUACGACGAAGUUAACGCGCUUUUACCGGGUGGACUGGGCCACGAGUUUGGGUUAAACGUUCUGUUUGCGUUUGACUUUGGCUAUGAGGGGAAUGAACCCGGGAUUGUUGGGCCUGGCGAUCUUGGAAUCAGAAUGACAUCUUUCAGGGAGUACUGCGAGAAGAACAGAUUCUCUGCUGCCUUGGGCGAGUAA